AUGGACUCGCAGCUCAAAUUGCAGGGUGUGGAUUUAAGACUGAAGCCACACAUACAUAGGAACGCCUCCAAGGGAAUUAAAAAUAAGUUGAUGAAUCUGUUAAGACGUGAUGAAGGCGAUCAUGUCAACCUCGAAACCCCCCAUGGGGCAAACAAAAUCCUUUGCUGCUGCUGCGAAAGCUACCAAGAUGUGCAGGACAGCCUUUGCUGCUACAACAACAUCAGCAAAAUUAAAACUUAUAUAUGCAAAGAUUGCUCUGUUUUGAAGGACCAAGAGGAUGAGGCACAUUUGGCAUUUCUUAAGGAGCAAGUCGCUUUGGAGAGAGCACACCGGCAUGCUUUCGGUGAAGCAAGCAGAAAUGUCCUAAUCACGUCCAACUGUGUCCCCACUACUGCUACUUCCGUUGUGGGGACAGAUUUAAAGACCAAAAGAUGUAGAACCCUUUACCUGAACAGUGCAGAACGGGUUAAGCACUACGAUGAUAUGGGGCAGUUUCUAUACGGACGUGUGAUGGGGAGAAACCACACGAGGGGUAGUAUGGAAGCCGAACCGAUGGACCAUAGCUUUGUUGAAGAAUUCGUGGAGAAGCACACCUCCAGGAAUCUUUCCCUCCAUUGCGGAAAUCUAAGUCAUAUGAAGAAAGCCGGUGUGGCACAAGACACAAGUGCAGCAUACAUACCUAACAGAGUGAACAACCCCCUUCAAUAUUAUUCUGCUCAAAUGGGAAAAAAUGAGCAAGUCCACCUUAAUGCUUCAAAUGGGAUGAAACAUAGUCACAGUGCUUGUAAGCAGAAUUUGAGGGGUAACCAUUCGGAUGCUAGCCAGCUUCGGCAGGGCGUGCAUGUAAACAUAGAUAUGUAUGCUGCUGGAGAGCUGUUCAAUGGAGUGGAGAAUCACCAGGAUAAGGAUCCUCCGCGUGGAAGCUGUGACAACUUACAUAACGCCCAUUCAAAAUUAAAGGGAAAAGAAAAUCGGAGCAAAUUUCACAUAUAUGACGACAAUAUGGGGGAUGAAGUUCACCAGAGAAGCAGCAAAUUAACUGAUCAUGCAGGGGUAGGUUCUCGGGAGGUGAACAACCCCCGCGGGAGUUACCAUAAUGGAGGUGUGCCGUUUAGAUGCCAUCCACCGAGUAACAAAUGCAUGAGUAUGCUAUACUCAUACAACGGGACGAGUAGCAACAAUUGUAUGAGGAUAAAAAUCGACCACGUUUUUAGCGAAAAAUUGUGA